CGCUCCACAAGAGGGGACUUUCACUUCAACAUGGGUUGCUGUAAUGCCUUAAGGACCUAUUCAAGAUUUUUAAAGCCUAAUAAGCUGUUGACAACUUUAAACAGAAACUUUGGACAACCAGUAGCUCAAACGCAUCCCCAUCUUCUUAAACAAGGAGAGGUAACUCCAUUUGUCACUAAAGAGGAAUACCGCCAAAGACGUCACAAUGUGUUUAAGCUUGUCUUGGAUCAGUUUGAAGGUUCAAAAAAUGUGAAGGACCAUAUCAUGAUAUUUCCAUCAGCAUGUAGACUUUACAUGACACCAGCAAUACCAUACCCCUUUAGACAAAACACAGAUUUCCAUUAUCUCAGUGGUUUCCAGGAAUCAGACAGUGUUCUAAUCUUACACAACAGUCAGUCCACCUCCAGCAUCCAGAAAGGAAUGACCUCUGUGCUUUUUGUUCCUAAGAAGGAUCCUCAUGUGGAAUUGUGGGAGGGGGGGCGGUCUGGCCCAGAGGGGGCAGAAGAAAUCACAGGAGUGGACAAGGCAUACAACACAGAGGAUUUGUCACAAUUUUUACAAGAUUAUAGUAAACACAAUUCUAACUAUGUGAUAUGGUAUGAUAUUGACAGUAAGGUUAAUCCUGAGUUGGGAAGGGCAGGGAUCGAGGACUUCAUACUUCAGGGCAAACAAAAGUGUGUGGAGACCACCAUACGGAGUAUACACAAGACCAGAGUCAUCAAAUCACCUGCAGAAGUUCAACUCAUGCAAAGAAGUGUAGAUAUAGCCUCUGAGUCAUUGGAAGAAGUCAUGAAGUUUUCCUAUCCUCAGGUGAAUGAAUCUUACCUUCAAGCCAAAAUGGAGUUUGAAUGUAAAUUACGAGAUGCUCAGAUGUUGGCUUAUCCACCUGUUGUUGCUGGUGGCAACCAUGGAAACACCAUACAUUACACUAAAAACAAUCAAAUAGUUCCAGCCGGUGAAAUGGUGCUGAUGGAUGCAGGAUGUGAAUACCACGGCUUUUGUAGUGACCUUACAAGAACCUGGCCAGUGUCAGGUCGGUUCAGUGCCGUACAGCGACGUCUUUAUGAUGUGGUUUUACGUAUCCAGCUCAAAGUGAUCUCCCUUUGUAACCCAGAGUUCUCUCUGGAACAGAUUUAUGUGUACAUGCUCCAUCUGUUGGGAGAGGAACUUGUAUCGCUCGGUCUAAUUCAGCCUAAAAGCAAGUCAACAAAUUACUUCCAGGGACUCAGAGAGUUUUAUCCUCAUCAUGUCGGUCACUAUUUGGGAAUGGAUGUACAUGAUACUCCAACUGUGUCUAGACAUGCAAAGCUACAACCAGGCAUGAUCAUUGCUAUUGAACCAGGUGUUUAUAUCCCCGCUAACUGUACCAGUGUACCUGAGGAGUAUCGAGGGAUUGCCAUACGGAUAGAAGAUAAUGUGCUCAUCACCGAUUCUCAGCCUGUUGUCCUGUCUGCCAAGUGUGUGAAAGAUCCUGAUCACAUAGAAGCAAUCAUGGCUUCCAAGUCUUGACUGGUUUUUUUAAUGUCACCACUGCAAGGUGACAUGACUGUACAGUAAUGGUCAUUCUCGAGAAUUUUUGAAGAGAGACGUGAUGGAAAAUGUUCCCUAGAUAACUGGGAUACAAUGAAAACAAUAUGAUGAAUGGGUAGUCCUAAUGGUCAUGCUUAAGAAUUUUUGAUGUGAGACAUGAUGGAAAAUGCUCCCUAGAUCACUGGGAUACUAUGAAGACAAUGGAUGGGUAGUGUUAUCAGGAUAUUUAUCUAUAUCAAGAUAUUUCCUUUGGAAUUUUAUAGAAAAAUGUUACCAGUAAGUAAAAAGUGACUGAUAACAUACUGAUGCCUGCCAGGGCUAUUCCAGAUUGUCCUUUGAUUAAACAGGAAGCAUCUACCUCGGGUAUAUUGAAAAGUAGAAGACAAACUCUUUAGAAGAGUAAGCAGAAAAUGAGUUAUGAAUUCAAUGUUUGAAGUAUUAUUACAAUUAACAGAUGUCGGUAUAUACAAUGGUGAUUUCUCUAAUCACAGAUAGGAUGUGCUGUUACAUAAUCUGAUCACUGAUAGGAUGUGCUGUUACAUAAUCUGAUCACUGAUAGGAUGUGCUGUUACAUAAUCUGAUCACAGAUAGGAUGUGCUGUUACAUAACUUGAUCACUGAUAAGAUGUGCUGUUACAUAAUCUGUGUCAAUCAUCACAGAAAUAAUUAUCUGAUAAUACUGUUUAUAAACUGGAACAGGUUCUGAUAGUAUUGAAAACAUUAUCAGAUGUCAUUUAACUUACAUAUGUUGGUCAGUAGUUCACAAAUCUAUUGAUUGUUGCUAAACUCAUAUUAAGGUGGUAUGUUGUGUUUUGAGAUCAAGCUAAUAUGUUAGUAAAGUAGUAACAGACAUCUAUCCUACAAGUUGGUAAAGUAGUAACAGAGAUCUGUCCUACAAGUUGGUAAAGGAGUAACAGAGAUCUGUCCUACAAGGUGGUAAAGUAGUAACAGAGAUCUGUCCUACAAGUUGGUAAAGUAGUAACAGAGAUCUGUCCUACAAGUUGGUAAAGUAGUAACAGAGAUCUGUCCUACAAGUUGGUAAAGUAGUAACAGAGAUCUGUCCUAGAAGUUGGUAAAGGAGUAACAGAGAUCUGUCCUACAAGUUGGUAAAGUAGUAACAGAGAUCUGUCCUACAAGUUGGUAAAGUAGUAACAGAGAUCUGUCCUACAAGUUGGUAAAGUAGUAACAGAGAUCUGUCCUACAAGUUGGUAAAGUAGUAACAGAGAUCUGUCCUACAAGUUGGUAAAGGAGUAACAGAGAUCUAUCCUACAAGUUGGUAAAGGAGUAACAGAGAUCUAUCCUACAAGUUGGAACUAAAAAACCUGUAUAUCUUGUGUACCUGGAAACAAUCUCCAGUGUCAUAUUGACAUAGUAUUUCCUAAAUAUGGCUAGAAAAACAGCAAUCCUUCCGUGCCAAAUUUUCAACUACUGGUGUGCAACAAGAAACGUCUUCCUCCAAUAGAAAAUGUUUGUAACAGGUAUUUAUUAUUGACUUACUUGACCUUUGAUCUUGAAGAUAAAGUGCUCUAUAUUAAGUGUUUUAAUUACAUUGCACUUCACUCUUUUUUUCAGCAAUUCAUAAAUAUUAUUAUUCUGAAAAGAAAUUUUACAUCUUACAAUGGGAAAAUUCAAACAUGAUAUUCUCUCUCUAUA